GCGUAGAGUUCCUUGGUGGCGGUCGUGUUCAUCAAUCCUCUACUCUGCGACAAGAUAACUCCAACUCGUUGGCAUCCUCCCCCUACAUUGUACGACAAUGACCCAGCCCCUAAUGGGUGACAAUAGAAGGAACAGACAACAAGAUAAAAUUGUUCAUAUUGUAGCUUAGUGGAUUGCUCGUCACGUACCUUUGUUUAAUUGACCAUCACAGGCACUGUCUUCGCUGGUGUUGCUGAUAUCCAAUAAGGCCAUCCGCGUGAAGUGAAACUGAAUAUUUGUAUGUUCUUCCAUCUACAUUCACGGCCAUCUUUGACGGUGUCACAAAUAUUGGACCAAAAUUGCGACCGAUCUAGUGAAAAAAAUCUUAAAAUAUCGACCCCCGUGUUUUGCGGUGUCCACCGUCGCCCUUAGCAUUUUAAGCCCUUAGUUGGGUGGGGGACAUGAGUAGCAGUAGCGCCAGUGCUAGUACUGCCGGUAGUACUACUACUUCGGGCGAUGGUUCAACUUCCUCCUCUUUUUGGCGCAACAACAGCCGUACGAUUCCUGGUCGUCCAACAACAGUCACUAAUCGCUUAGGAAGUGGACGACCGAUCGGAUCUAGCUCAUCCGCUGGAAAUUCAUCCUUCCAGGACUAUCAGGAUUCUGUCAGCGAUGCGUGGGAUUUAGGCGACGAUGAAUUUUGCAUCAUUUCCGGCGUAGUGGAUACGCGCAUAUCAAAACGAGCUUCACAGACAGCUGCGCUAAAUGUGAUUAAAACCCACAAAAGUGGUACUGCAGGCAGUGGUCUCAAAGGACCAAAUUCCGUCCGCUCGGACAUAUCGGAAUCAAGCAGUGCAUCCACAGGCGCUGGUCGAAUAGAGCAACAGCAAAGCGAUAAAGGUUCGCAAGUGGCGGCGGUACUGCGAAUAGAGAAUUUAGAAAUCCAAACUCAGCAACAGCAGCAACAACAGUCCAGCGAUGGAAUGGGUUACGUGAACGAUCAGCGCCUUCGUCAACGGUUUCAUGCAUACCCGGGACGACCUCAGUUGUUGAAACUCUCCUCAAACGUAGCCUCUAAGGAUGUGGAGUGUGAAUCAAAGUACGAAAAGUUUAGCAACAUUCUUGAGGCACCGCUACUAAACCUGAUCGCACUCAAGGAGCUAAGCUGGUCGGGUGUGCCACGGAGAAUGCGGGCCGUUACCUGGAGACUUCUUUCCGGCUAUCUUCCGACUAGCUUAGAGCGCCGUCAAACGGUACUGGAACGGAAGCGUGUCGACUAUCGGAAGCUGGUACAGCAAUAUUUUGAUGCGGACUGCCGAGAUGAAAGUCAACAGGAUACGUACCGGCAAAUCCAUAUUGACGUCCCACGAAUGAAUCCACAUGUGGCGUUAUUCCAGCAGAAACUGGUGCAGGAAAUGUUUGAGCGAAUAUUGUUUAUCUGGGCCAUUCGACAUCCGGCGUCGGGUUAUGUGCAGGGAAUCAACGAUCUCGUAACACCUUUUUUUAUCGUUUUUCUUCAGGAAGCUGUGGGAGCGGAUAAAGAUCUGGAGCAGUGCCAACUGAGUGACCUCAGCAUCGAGCAGCGAGACAUCAUCGAAUCUGAUUCGUUUUGGUGUUUGUCCAAAUUUCUCGAUUGCAUCCAGGAUAAUUACAUUUUUGCACAGCUCGGUAUUCAGGCAAAGGUUAACCAGCUGAAGGAACUCAUACAGCGUAUCGAUGGAACGUUACACCGCCAUCUGCAAAUGCACGGUGUCGACUAUUUGCAAUUUUCUUUCCGAUGGAUGAACAAUCUCCUUACACGCGAGCUGCCACUCUACUGUACUAUCCGGCUGUGGGAUACCUAUUUGGCCGAGUCGGACGGUUUUGCCGUAUUUCAACUUUACGUUUGUGCUGCCUUUUUGCUACAUUGGAGGGAACAGUUGCUUCAGGAGAAAGAUUUCCAGGGACUCAUGCUGUUGCUGCAAAACCUGCCAACACACAACUGGAUGGAUUCGCAUAUCGGAGUGUUAGUGGCGGAAGCGUUUCGCCUGAAGUUCACCUAUGCCGAUGCUCCAAAACACCUCGAAGCCAAAAGUUGACCCGGAAUGACAUUAGACGGUGGGUAUUAUCACAACUACUGUAGAAACUAUUUGUAUAAGUUUAUUUGAAGAAAUCGCGCAUGUCGCUAAAUCAUUGUAGACAUCAGAGUCGUGAAAAUCCAUAUUAACCAUUGGGGGUGGGGAAUUACGAUCCAAUCCACCCAUAACGGUAUUAUAUCUAUGAAUGGAAGGCAAACAGAGUAGAUAAUACCGACGGAAAACGAGUAAAGAACGAUAACGCAGGCAGACUUUCUUGUAGAACAGGAGCUGCUUUUUUACUUCUAGACAGAGGGAACAAACUGGGAUAGCGUAUAUAAAAUGCGCGUCAAGAAUACAAGAAUGUGCGAUUUAUUGGUUGCGUUUCAGAUUGAUUAUUUUAUCAAAUACAAAUUGCUGUUCGUUAUCGAUCGCUGUAUAAAUUCAUCAAACUCAGUAUGUUUGUUAUUCGUACAUUUUUUUUAUAAAAUCAAAAUCUGAUUAUACAAAAAAAUCACCAAGGUAGUGGCACACACAAUGGAAACAUCGAUGGCAAGUGAAAACUGAGUGAGAACGCAACGCGCAAGGGAUGACGAACUGAUAUAAAAUUUGAUUGUUGCAUUGUACCAGCGGAAGAUUAUAUAAGCAGGUCAGACUGUAACUGCAACUAAUUAGAUAAUUGUAAGCAAAUAAACGAAUAAAUCAAUCAAU